AUGCCGUCAGAAGAAGAAACCAAGGCGACUCGACAAGCUCUCCAGACCGCUUCAACGCCACCAUCAGCCUCCUUGUUCAGCACUCUCAUCACCGCGAACCACAUUUUGCACCAUCAUGAAGUCGUAGACGCAUACGGUCACGUAUCAGUCCGCAAUCCCCAAAAUCCCAAGACUUUCUUCCUCAGUAGAUCUCUUGCACCAGCUCUCGUCUCAGAACGCGAAGAUUUGGAAGAAUAUUACGUCGAGGAUGCCAGUCCCGUGCAAGAAGGCGAGGGCCCAAAAGGCUAUGCCGAGAGGUUUAUACACAGUGAAGUGUACAAGAAGUAUAAGGGAGUGAAUAGCGUGGUGCAUAGUCACUCUGAGGCUGUCAUUCCAUUUGGAAUCAGCAGUGUUCCACUAAGACCGGUGUUCCACAUGGGAGGAGUUAUGGGCCACCAAGUCCCAGUCUAUGACAUUGCCAACCACUACACCACGUCCGACUCUCUGCACUCGCUCCUCGUAACAAACCAGCACCUGGGCGCAGGCCUCGCUGCCGGAUUCAAUCCCUCGUCAUCACUGGCCAAAGGYGUUACAGCCAUCAAAAACUACCUGACAUCCUCCUCAUCCACCGAGGUUGACUUCCCUCCUAGCCCAACGGUCCUGAUGCGCGGCCAUGGAAUGACAGUCGUAGGAACGAGCAUCGAAGAAGCAGUUUAUCGCUCAAUCUACGCUUGCACCAAUGCCCGUGUCCAGACAACUGCCAUGCUCAUGCAAGGCGGCUAUAAUCUGGGGCUAAUCGCGGGACGCUUCGGCCAGGGUGGCGGGGAGAAAGGAGCGAAUCCUGGACCAGCGAAGCAAGAGGGUAUUCACUUCCUUAACGAGCGAGAGAGCAGAGAUGCCUGGACGCAAAAUCAGAGACAUGCGGAGCGGCCUUGGAAGCUUUGGUGUCGAGAAGUGAAGGAACUGGGGUUGUAUUCCAACAAACUCGGAGAUCCGCCUGGUUCGUAG